GAACUUCUUGUGCAUCUAAUUCUCCUUUAAAAGAAAAAAAGGUCUUCCAUAUAUUACUCUAAUUCUAUCUUCACAAGUAGAGAUUUUAAUAAAAAAAAUCUCAUAUAUGUUCAAGAUAGGUUCAACUUUUUAGGGUACUCUUGUUCAAAAUAAGCAAAUAAGUAAGAAUUUUGAGUUUGAGAUAAUUUUCUUGGUAAAUUUUGUGAUAAAAUUUGCAAUUCUGGCUAAUUGGUGGGGUGGUCAGGUGGGCAUGUCCGGGCUUGAGCCAAGAUCUUGCCCACCUAUGCUUCUGACGAAGCAGCUCUCCGCAAACGAGAGUGGAAGCAGUGGUGAAAAUCAAGAAGAUAAUGAUCACGAAAAUGGCGAUCAUGAGCCUAAAGAAGGUGCGGUUGAGGUUGGCACUCGAAGACCUAGAGGUCGUCCACCAGGAUCCAAGAACAAGCCCAAACCUCCUAUUUUUGUGACUCGUGAUAGCCCUAAUGCCCUCCGUAGCCACGUUAUGGAGGUGGCAGGAGGCACUGAUGUGGCAGAUAGUAUUGCACAAUUCGCAAGGAGGCGCCAACGUGGUGUUUGUGUACUUAGUGGGAAUGGUUCGGUUGCAAAUGUAACUCUAAGACAACCAUCAUCUCCCGGUGCCCUUGUUCUACAAGGAAGAUUCGAAAUUUUAUCGUUGACCGGAGCAUUUUUGCCCGGUCCAGCCCCUCCUGGCUCGACCGGGCUAACUGUCUACUUAGCCGGUUGCCAAGGACAAGUGGUUGGUGGUAGUGUUGUUGGGCCAUUAAUUGCUGCGGGGCCCGUGAUGUUAAUAGCAGCCACUUUUUCUAAUGCAACCUAUGAAAGAUUGCCACUGGAAGAAGAGGAAGUAGCCGGAGGCGAUCGCUCCGGCCAGUCUCAAUUACCGGCCAGAAAUUCGCCUCCGACCUUAUGUUCAAAUGAUGGAAGGCCACAACAACAACAUGAAUUGCCUGAUCCAUCAUCACUACCUAUAUAUAAUUUUACACCAAAUUUAUUACCAAAUGGUGGACACUUGAAUCAUAAUGCAUAUGCUUGGGCAAAUCCUAGACCACCUUAUUGAGAUUAAAAAAAAAGGGUGAUAUUUGAAGAAUAAAAGAAGGGUAGGAUCAAGAGAUCAUAUGUAUUAAGGUAAAUUUCUAUCAAUGUAUGAUUUUAUACAUAGAGUUUAUAAUGUUUGUGUUUUGUAGGAAAAUGUUUUGGAAGAAGUAUAUAUAGUUAGGAUGGAGAAAAUCUAUAUUACUUUUUCUAAGUAAAUAAACAUUUUCUCUUGUAGCUUGCAUGAUGGUUGAAAUAAAAUAU